AUGUAAUCGUAACCUAAGUCAGGAUCUAUUUAUCAUUGUUUAUCCCCUUAGAAUAUUAAACGUGCUGUGAAUAAGAUUCAAUGUAGAGAGCAACAAAGCAAUCCUUGCGUGAGAUUGAAGAAUUAAGACAAUCGACUCAAAUAAUUCCAAACUCUUCUAAAUUCAUACAUGCAGAGUAAAUCGCCCUCUAUUACGAAAACUAUAUAAAGUCGAAAGAGCUUGAAUGAACCCAGCAUUAAUAAUAUAGCUAGAAUUUCAGUAACUCCACAAAAGAGUGAUCUUUCAAUUACACGCAAAUAAAACACAGAGCAUAAAGAGUUCUUACUCUGUUAAUCCAUUUCAAGUUAAACGUCUGAUUUUGGUCCUUCAAAUCAAUUUAAAUAGUAGUUAUAGUAAAUACAACAAAAAGUGCGUGAACGCUUCAAGCGAUAUGAAGAAGAGAAGAAGUAAUUUCAUGAAGAGAGAAAACUCUUUUUGGAAGAGAAAAAACAAUUGGUCUCAAAAAUAUAACAAUUAGAAUUGCAGGUUCAAGAAUUGACCAAAAAAAAAGAAGCAUUGGAUCAAUCAUUUGGUUGA